AAAAAAAAAAAAAAAAAAAAAAAAAAAAAAAAAAUCUUCCUAAUAGCUAACCUAAAUUUCCUCUCUUUCAAUUUAUACCUGCUACUCUCUGUCCUAUCAUUGCAGUUCCCGAUGAAGAGUCCUCUCUGGCUUCCCUGUAGGCCCCCUCCAGAUACUGGAAGGCUUCUAUGAGAUCCCCACACAACCUUUUCUUUAAGCUGAACAGCCCCAAUGUUCUCGGCCUGUCUUCAUAGAACAGGUGCUCCAACUUUGUGGCCUCACCUCCAACAGUUUCACGGCCUGAAGUUGGGGUCACCAGAAUUUACUCAGUUCCAGCAGCUGUACUCUAUAUUCCAGUGCUCUGUGCUGUAUCCAGCAACUGAGCCCCAGCAUGCUCUGUCAGACAUGGGCAGUGUGAAGGUGCAGUUCAUAACUGACAGCUUUCAUGUCUUCCUUCAGUUCACACCUCCCACAUCCCCACAAAACCAGCUUCCUAUGGAUACCCGUAGUGUUGUUCAGAAACCUGAGAUGCACACUGAUGCAUCCUUACCCCUGUUGCUAGUGUUUCCACUUGCUCAUCCACAUCCUGGGCCCAGAGCAGAGGAAGGCUGGCUUUCCAGAGCAUUGAGGAAGUGAGGACCAAAAUAAAGAGUUUCAGUAUUAGACCUGUGCCAGCCCUGAGACUGUGGCUUCGCUGUGCCUGCAGAGCCAGACACUGCUUAUCAGCAACAAAACUGGAGGAGCUGGGAGGAGCAAGUUAAGGCUUUGGAAGCUGCUUUUCUAAGAAUUGCCUGUUUGCUGAGCCUUGGCCAAGUAAAGAAUUGCACGUCCAGAACGUCAUGCUCCAGGUGUUCCAAGAAAGAAAACCCUGUGUGCAGCAGUAGCCAUUAUGCACAAACUACUUCUCUCCUGUGCUCACUUUGCCUUGUGGCAGCCCCUGAAGAAAGAGAGGACAUACUUCUCUGAGAAAAUGUAACAGACAGGCUAGCAAAAGCACUUCCUUAUGGACUCCCUAUUCCCUUUGGCAAGCUCCUCUCUUGUUAAGCAGUUCCCUCCUUGGGGACAGCAUGCAUCAUCACAGGCUGCAUUGGAAUCUCUGCUCCACUGCCUGGAGCUCCUCCUUCCUCUCCAUCUUCACCAACUGUGGCUUCUGCAGGACAUUACUCUCACAUAUUCUCACGCUCUCACAGCUGCUGCUGCACAGUGCUUCUGAAUCACAGAGGCACUACCAAUGUCACCAAUGGGCUCAGCUUUGACCAGCGGCAGGGCUGUCUUGGAGUCAGCUGGAACUGGCUACUGUUGAGAGUUUUUUGCAGGACAAUGCACAUAUGCAACAUAUGCACAAUCCAGCCUUCAUAGAAACUGAGUAAGGUCACAAUGCCCUUGAAGGACACGAAAGAAGAACAUGCUCAGAAGCAGAUGAUUCAGGAUGCAAAGGCAGGCAAGAAAACCGCAGCGAGACGCAUGAAGAAGAAAAACUAACUAAAAUGAACUGAAAUAUUAAAAUUUGUGCGUAGAAGGAUUUAACCAAUCAUUUAUUAUCUUGAGGCGUGAACAAUAGAGAACAGUAUAAAUACAGCUUGCUUUUGCAAUAAAUCAGCUUCACUUGAUCGUGUUGAUCAUGGUGUGAUGUCCCAUUACUGAUCUUCCACAGGCUACUACCACCACAGGGGCGGAUUCUGGCAUCUUCUCACAUAAGGCAGCCCUGUAACCCCCUUGCUACCAAAAUUUUUCCUUGUAAACUCCAUCUGUUAUACAAUUGAUUAUAUAUAAGGAAGCUGUCUGGAAUAUAUGUAUCAUUUUGAAAAAGCCCCUUUGGCUAUUUCUUUUGGCGUGUUUCUGGCUGUUCUGGAUGGGAUUGGGUGUUAAAUGCAGAGGCUGGACUCACUGGCUUGGGGUUUCAUGCAUCUUUAAUAUAACAGAGGUCACACAGAGGAAAAGCGACUUUAGGACUGUGCACUGCCACAGCAAGGACCUUACUUGUGACUUGGCAUUGCAGCAUAAGCUAAGACACAGUGUUGGAUUAUGGAGCAGAAUUUGACAGACCUGCUGGGCAGCAUUGGCUCUGAGAACAUAUUGAUGAGUUACAUCUCAGCAACACCUAACUCCUCUGCAGCCUAUGAAUAUGCCUUCUACUACUCAGAACUACACAUCAUCUGUCAUCCUGAAGGUAUUCCAGCAUUUGCAUCUACCUUAUUUCCAGUGCUGUACUCCAUACUGUUUGUGGCAGGCCUCGUGGGAAAUGCUUUGGUUGUUUGGAUUCUGACAGUCUCCAUGAAAAUCAAGACCAUGACUGAUGUCUAUCUGCUGAAUCUGACUGUCUCUGACCUCCUCUUGGUAUUCUCCCUGCCCUUCUUAGUUCAGUACUCCAUUGUGAGCCAGUGGACUUUUGGAAAUGCACUGUGUAAAAUCAUCAGCUCAGUUUACUUCAUUGGUUUCUACAGCAAUGUCUUCUUCAUAACCAUCAUGAGUGUCGACAGGUACUUGGCCAUAGUCCACUCCCUCCAUGUCCAAGGGAUUCGGACAGCUGCCGUUGGGUUUAUCACCAGUCUGGUCAUUUGGGCAGUUGCCAUUUUAGCAUCAAUGCCAGACUUACUUUUUUUCCAGGAAGUGAAUGACAAUAACCAGAUUAAGUGCCUCCCUCACUAUCCUGAUGGCAACAAUGGCUGGAAGACUUUCAGUAAUUUUUUAGUCAACAUCCUGGGGUGGCUAAUCCCUGUUGUUGUCCUCAUUUUCUCCUAUCUCAGCAUCUUGAAAAACCUUCAGAAGUGCCAUACCAAGAACAAGUACAAAGCAAUUAAACUGGUUUUUAUUGUUGUCAUUGUGUUCUUUCUUUCCUGGACCCCUGUCAACAUUGUGCUGUUUUUGGACUCUCUGAGGAACAUGUCCAUCAUCGAUGACUGCCAGACAAGCCAAAGGCUAGACCUAGCUGUGGAGCUGACUGAGGCACUCUCCUUUGUCCACUGCUGCCUCAACCCAGUCAUCUAUGCUUUUGUGGGUGAGAAGUUCAAGAAGCAUCUCUGUAACAUUUUGAAAAAAUCUGCAUGUUUUCUGUCGAACUGCAAAGGCUGCGGGGCUUUCAGUGGGCGCAGCCUGGACAAGCACUCCUCUCUGCACACAAAGUCCUCACAGUUGUCUUAUGUUGGCACUGUCUUGUAGAACAAGUCCAAAACUAUCAUCCUGGACAGGUGACCUAAAAUUGAGAAAUCCUCAGCUGCGCAUCCACAGCCAUGGACUGUUUGAGCAACCUUUUAGGACACAAAAAGUAGAAGCAGCUGCUUGAUUUUGCUUUUAUUGUGGUUGAUUUUGGUGUUCUCACUUUUUAGAUUUUUUUUUUGCAUCAUCCUCCCUUUCCCUUGGCACCUCAGGCCUUGCUUGCUUCAUGAAAUUACCAGCAGACUCCCACACUGCCAGAGCAACAUGGAGAGGUACCUUAGAAACACACCAUCCCCCCUUCAGACUGAGUACUGAAAAGAACUGUUUAUGUUUCCAAACCCUGGACACUUGGCCAUUCCUUCCCUCGUCUCAGCAGAGUGUGCUGGCUUUGUGAGCAGGGAUGGAACUUGCUCCAGGAGUGGGAACCUGCUCUUUGGAGGGAAAUGGGGCCCAAGCUUAAGGUGUCGUGCCAGGGUCUGGCUCCCAGUUGACAGAUCUGAACAGUGCUUCCAGCUCCAGAAGAGCUUAGUGAGUGAGUAACUGGAUAAGCAACCAAGAAAUAAAUGCUGUCCAUGUUUUGGUAAAAUCAAUAUCAAUUAAUAUCUAGGUAUCAUCCUGACUCCCCAUCUGCUACCAGGGCUUGCAGCUUCUUGGCUGGAAGGGUUUGAAGCUGUAGUUCAGAAAUGAUGCUGUGAAUGUCAAGCAAUAGCUCCUACGGGAAUGAAUGAGUGCUGUAGGAAUGGAUGGAGAAAUUGUUACCAGGAAAAAGACUGAAGAAUGGAAAAAAUAGUGGGUGUGAGCUGUCACAUGUCCCUGUCAGGGGACUUUCUGAGCAUUUCUGAACUUUUUGAACUGGUAACUGGUGUGCCAGUGUGGUCACUGCUCUUGAGCAGGCAGCUGGGAUUGACAUUCCAGUUACUGUUCCACCUUGGAAUGACUGAUUUUAUAUAUGUGAAUGGCUACCCAUUCGUAUAGAUAUAUCUAUAUGUAUCUGUAUAUAUAGAGCUAUGUACAUAUGCAUGCAUAUCUAUACUUGCCCAUGUGUGUAUAUAUACACAAAUACACACCCAUAUACCCAUAUAUAUACUUUUAUAUGUGCAAAUACUGUUUGAUAAAUGCAAUGGCUUUCUAAAGCUUUUUGUUCUCUUCUAUUUGUCCUACAAGAUAGCACCAUACUUUAAGUUUCAUAAUAA